UGUAGACCUGACUGGUCUCGAACUCAGAGAUCCGCCUGCCUCUGCCUCCUGAGUGCUGGGAUUGGCUGUUCCCUUAAGUUCUCUGGGAACGGCAUAUCUGAGGGCAGCAUGGACAACGGGCGCUCUGGCAACCCUCUGUGGUCUCUGGUCCUUCCAGCCGCGUUGCUCCUGUGAUUCUUUGGUUCUCUCUGUCCAUGUUGCUCUCAAGCAGGAGUCUUGUUUACUAGGUAUCUGAUUUCCUUUCAAAGGUCAAGUUGGAAUUUAGGGCACAGCAGAGUGAAAAGCGUCCCUGGCUUGUGAAGAAUUAGGAAUUUGAUUUUGUUGGCCGCUUUGUGACUGGCUGUCAUGGUUAUUGCUACAGACAGGGUCCUGGAGUGGGUCUCAGUCCCCUUGCCCUGUUGAAGGGCAUGUCUCAUGCCCAGGGAGUAUCUGGUGUGGAUGUGGAAGGCUUCACCGGCCCUCGUAGGGCUGAUGACAGACUGAGGCAGAACACCACGUUGGCUGUCAGCCUGCUGGGGGACGAGUCUGGGGGGAAGGGCAGCCCUGAAACUAGCCAGUUGGGAAAUCAUAUGAAGCCUAGUUUCAUCAUGCAGGUCCAGGAGAAUUCCCAAGGCAUUAGGUCAGCCUCUUCCAUUGUCCCUCCUGAGGUCUUCUGUAGGAUGCCUGCCUUGUGCAGGGGUGAAUGCACUGGUCUCUUCAGUAUCUUAGGCAGGCAGAUCUCCAUUGUAAGGCUGGGUUCCACCAGUGGGCUCUAAACUCAGAGGAGUAAGAAAUGUUUUCCUUGGUGGUAAAGCGACUCCCUGGUAGAUGUGGGGUGUGGCAGCUGCAGAGUAGUGGGUGUCUGAGGAGGUUGCAGACUCAGCUCCAAAAGCUCCUUUUCCUGCCCUCAGUGGGCCACAUUCCCAGACCUUUAUUUUGGUUAGUGUGACAGGGCCACAGAGUCAUCUGGCCUGGCACAAGCUCUGUCCUUCUCCACCCCCACGAGAGAGCUCUCCCAUAAAAGGGCUGAGCGCUCUGCUCACUUCGCUGGGUGUGUGGAGAGCAAGGGGGGACCAUGGACUUCAUCAGCAUUCGGCAGUUGGUAAGUGAAGAAAGAGCGGAUAGGAAAGUGUUGGGGUUUGGACAUGGAGUUCCUGAUCCUGGAGGCUGGCCUAGUGACUGGAGGCUGGGACCCCAAGAGGCCGUGGCCCGGGAAAAACUGAAGUUGGAGGAAGAGAAGAAGAAGAAACUGGAAAGAUUUAACAGCUCCAGACUGACUCUGGACAACAUGAAAGACUUGGAAAACCUGGUUCAAAGACGAAGAAAAAAGCGACUGAGACACAAAGUCCCCCCCAGGGAACCUGAGCCCGUGGUUGAGCCGCAGCCGCAGGUCCCAAUGGAGCCCGUGGACCUGGAAAUGUUCCUAAAGGCAGCUGCUGAGAACCAGGAGGCCUUGAUUGACAAGUACCUGACAGAUGGAGGGGACCCCAAUGCCUGUGACAAGCUCCACCGCACAGCCUUGCACUGGGCCUGUCUGAAGGGCCACAGACAGUUGGUGACCAAGCUGCUGGCGGCAGGGGCUGCUGUAGAGGCACGGGACUUGCUGGACAGGACACCUGUGUUCUGGGCCUGCCGUGGAGGACACCUGGACAUCCUCAAACUGCUGCUUAACCAGGGAGCUCAGGUCAAUGCCCAGGACAAGAUCUGGAGCACCCCUCUCCAUGUAGCAGUGCGCACAGGCCACUCUGACUGCCUGGAGCACCUCGUGGAGUGUGGCGCCCACAUCAACGCACAGGACAAGGAAGGGGACACAGCGCUCCAUGAGGCUGUACGCUACGGGCACCACAAAGCCACGAAGCUACUGCUGCUCUACGGAGCCAAGCUGGGCAUGAAGAAUGUGGCUUCCCUGACACCGGUGCAGCUGGCUCGAGACUGGCAGCGGGGCAUCCGGGAAGCACUACAGGCCCACGUGGGGCACCCCCGGACCCGGAGCUGAUGACUAAGACCUGUGGGCCACUCACAGCCACCAUUCCAGCCCACUCUCCCACCCGUUCAUCUCUAACUGGUUCUCUGCCCCAGUCCCCGUUUGUUUCUGGCUUUGUACCCUUGGGCCUAAGGCAACAGGUAGAGCAGGUCCCCUGUGUUUUAGUGAGGGACACUGUGUUCCCCGCCAGGACUGGAGCAGAGGACCACAUGGCAACAAGAAAGCGAACUGAGUCCAGACAAGGGCCAAGGUCAGAGCAGGAAGUGAACAGACCAGCACUACCCACAGCUGAGUCUUGGCCUCUGUCUACCAGCCCUUAGAUUAGGAGAUUGGCCUUGGCCUGUUCUCUAAGUAGAGAUUCAGAUGUGGCCAGUGGCUGCAUCCAGGGUGGAAGAGAAGAAACAGGCUACCUAAGGGCCAGGCAUUGGUGCAGCUCACUGCUGUCUUUUGGAUGGAGUUUCUCCAGGGACUCCAUUCCUGUCAGCAGCAACCCUGAGAGUGUUUGGAGUAGUUCUAGGCAUCUCUAGUCUUCAGAACUCUGGAGGGGGGGGGGUUCUGGCAGGCUGAGGGGCAUGUCAACAGGAUUGAGGCCCCACAGAAGUUAGUACCUACCAGGUUGCCCCAGAAGCUGGAGACUGAUGAACUGGAACUAGUGUCUCCCCGGGGGAAGCUCCACCUAAAGGCUUCGGGCAGCUCGGCUUGCCUUAUGAGGGCAGAGUGCCAGGUGCUGGGGAUUGCUUGUGGCCCACUCAACUUUUGGGGUGGCGGCCCGCAAUCCUAGCUUACCAAGGUUCUAAUGCCCCCUGGUACUGGAGGAAGCACCUGGACUAGGCUCUUCAUGCCCUGUACAGAGCUCAGCCUCUUGCCAUGGAACGCAGUGACAACAGUAUACACACCUCUCCAGGCCCCUGCGCCACCUGGUGGUACGAGGACCUCACACAGGCACACCCCCCCCCAGCUUCACUGGUGUGGAGUAUUACUGGCAGGGCUGGCUCCUUAUAUGCCAGGAAGCUGACUAAAGAGCUGGACCCUCCACUGAGGCCACAGGCUGAACGGAGGGCUAAAAGAUGAAGGCGCUGCCUCCCUCACAUACUCCCGAGCUGACAUUCACUUUACUGCGACAGUUAUUUUUAGUCUACUUUUGGCAGCCUGUUGUUACUAUGUGAAAAACCUGGCUAGUGCUUCCUCCUAGGGACACAGUCCUUUCUAUGGGCAGGCCAGUGUACACCCAGACAACCGGUGCCUGGGCAAGACAGACAGACAUUCAAGACGACUCAAUAUGACAAGUCCUCUGAAAUGAGGACACGUAUACACACAGCUACCUUUUUGUACAAAUCACUGUUUUCUCAUUAAACUGGUUAUCCACUGCA